UUGGAGAAGGGGAACUGAUCUAAAGGCUCUCUGGCCUUCAUGUCAUCGCAUUGUCUCUUUGCGCUUCAACUGGCCGACCAGAAAUGUACAUCCAUGUGUCGCCUCAGCAAGAAGGUACAAAAUGGAGUUUUGGAAGAGACAGAGAAAGAAAGAGCAGAGGGCAAAGAGAAAUGUUGCCAAGAGCAAGUCAAAGUCCAUCCUUGUGCAGAUGGUAAGUGCAGCCGGAACUGGGUACUGCUUCAAUACAAAGCGGAGUCGACUCCGGGACAAGUUGGUAUUAAGGAAACAUGAUCCUAGAGUCAACAAGCAUGUCCUUUUCUUUGAAAAGAAGAAAAUCAAGUCAAUUUAACACAUGAACCUUAAAUGGACUGGCUUUGAGUAAGGACUUUUUGGGAUCCAAACAAGAUUUCCCGAAACUGGAAUGAAUGCAAGUUGAACUUUUGGCCCGACAUGAAAGGUGAACGUGACAUUUCAAAGGAAGCCAAUAAAACAAGAGGGGACUCGGCUCUGUUGCACAUUUAUUUACAAUUUGUUGUCUGUAAAUUGUAUAAUAAAGAUUUUGAAUAUAACCAUA